CGAAGUGCCGUUUCACCGUCGGUGGGAGAAUCCACGCGGGGGAGGAGGAAUGGCCUCGCGCACCGGGACGUGAGCAGGAUGCCAGCGGUGGACGCGCGCUCUCUUUUAGGGGGAUUUCUCGCGCUGCAGCUGCUGCAGCCGCUCCUCGUGCAGGACCCGGAAGCUCGCGCUUAGGAGCAAGCUCGCGCUCCAGCUGUGCUGCAUCUGCACCUGCCUGUACCUUCUUCAGCUGCUGCACCAGAGCAAACGGGGAAGAUGAUGUGUGAAGUGAUGCCCACGAUUAGCGAGGACACGGCCAUGAGCCAGAGAGGCUCUCAGAGCAGUGCCUCGGACCCAGAUUCGCACUUCGAGCAGCUUAUGGUAAAUAUGCUGGACGAACGGGACCGUCUCCUGGACACUCUGAGAGAAACCCAGGAAAGCCUGGCACUUGCACAGCAGCACCUGCAGGACGUCAUCUACGACCGCGACUCACUACAGCGCCAACUCAGCUCCGCACUGCCACAGGAGUUUGCGGCCCUGACAAAGGAGCUGAACGCCUGCCGAGAGCAGCUUCUGGAAAAAGAGGAGGAGAUAUCAGAACUGAAGGCUGAGAGGAAUAACACCAGGCUGCUUCUGGAGCAUUUGGAGUGUUUAGUAUCGAGGCAUGAGCGGUCACUCCGUAUGACAGUGGUGAAGCGUCAGGCCCAGUCUCCCUCAGGAGUGUCCAGUGAGGUGGAGGUCCUCAAAGCACUAAAGUCCCUGUUUGAGCACCACAAGGCCCUGGAUGAAAAGGUCAGAGAGAGAUUGCGUGUUUCACUGGAACGAGUCUCUGCCUUGGAGGAGGAGCUAACUGCUGCCAAUCAGGAGAUUGUUGCCUUAAGGGAACAGAAUGCUCACAUUCAGAGGAAGGUGGCAUCAGGAGAUGGAGCUGAGGACCUGCUAGAGGGCACUGAUCAGAAAGUCCAUGGCAAGCGUUUGUCGAAUGGUUCUCUGGAGUCUGGCGAUGAGGCUGGUCAGGUUGUGGAGCUGCAGGAGCUGCUGGAGAAGCAGAACUUUGAGCUGGCUCAGAUGAAGGACAGGAUGUCUUCUCUGUCAUCCAGAGUGUGCGAGGUGGAGCAGGAGCUUGAGACGGCCAGGAAAGACCUGAUCAAGAGCGAAGAGAUGAACAACAAAUACCAGAGAGACAUCAAAGAGGCCAUGUGUCAGAAGGAGGAUAUGGAAGAGCGGAUUGUAACUCUGGAGAAACGUUACCUCAGUGCCCAGCGGGAGUCCACCUCACUCCAUGACAUCAGCGACAAACUAGAGAACGAAUUAGCCAAUAAGGAGGCUUUCCUCAGACAGAUGGAGGAAAAGAACAGGCAGCUGCAAGAAAGGCUGGAGUUAGCUGAGCAGAAGCUGCAGCAGACCAUAAGAAAAGCAGAGACACUGCCAGAGGUGGAGGCUGAACUCGCACAGAGGAUAGCAGCACUAACUAAGGCAGAGGAAAGACAUGGCAGCAUUGAAGAGCGAAUGCGGCAGUUAGAAGGGCAGCUGGAGGAGAAGAACCAGGAACUUCUGAGGGCUCGUCAGAGAGAGAAGAUGAAUGAGGAACACAAUAAGCGUCUGUCGGACACAGUGGACCGUCUGCUUACAGAGUCAAACGAGCGACUCCAGCUCCAUCUGAAAGAGAGGAUGGCAGCGCUAGAGGAGAAGAAUGUUUUAAUACAAGACUCAGAGAGCUACAGAAAACAGCUAGAAGACUCCAUCCAUGAAAAGGGUCAAUUGGCAGAGGAAAUUGAGAAGCUAAGGGCGGAGCUCGAUCAGUUCCGGCUGAGGGCGGGGUCACUGACAGAGCCAACGCUGUCACGGUCUCACCUUGAUGCGUCCACAGAGCUGCGUUACUCUCUAGGUUCUCUGGCUGAGACUCAGUCUGACCACUACCGCUCAGCCAAGGUCAUUCGUCGACCACGGAGAGGACGUGUGGGGCUCCGCAGGGAAGAGCAGAAAGCGAAGUCUCUGGGUGAGCAUGAAUGGAGGUCACAGCAGCUCGGCGUCCUGGGAGGCCAUCCGUUCGAGAGCGAUACAGAAAUGUCAGACAUUGACGACGAUGACCGAGAGACCCUGUUCAGCUCAAUGGACCUGCUGUCCCCAGGUGGUCACUCUGAUGCUCAGACACUCGCCAUGAUGCUGCAGGAACAGCUGGAUGCCAUUAACAAAGAAAUACGGCUGAUACAGGAAGAGAAGGAGUCGACAGAGCUGCGUGCAGAGGAGAUAGAGAACCGUGUGGCAAGUGUGAGUUUGGAGGGGUUAAACCUGGCUCGAGCUCAUCACCCUGCAGCCUCCAUCACAGCCUCUGCAACAGCUUCAUCGCUGGCCUCAUCAUCACCACCCAGCGGCCAUUCAACCCCCAAACUCACCCCACGCAGCCCAGCACGUGACAUGGAGCGCAUGGGGGUCAUGACGCUGCCCAGUGACCUGAGAAAGCACAGGAGAAAGAUUGCAGCGGUAGAUGAGGAUGGCCGAGAGGAUAAGGCUACAAUAAAGUGUGAAACGUCUCCCCCUCCGACGCCUCGUCAAGUCCGCAUGACACACACACUCCCAGCAUCCUCUCACAAUGACGCACGUCUGGCUGCUACAUUAGAGACCGAAGCCAGUGCACUAAGCAGUGUUGCUAGCAGCCAGGAUUCACUCCACAAACAGCCGAAGAAAAAAGGAAUAAAGUCCUCAAUUGGCCGUCUGUUCGGGAAAAAAGAGAAAGGCAGACUGGGACAGCUGGGCAAAGAGCUGAUGGGACCGGGACAAGUUGGAAAUGUGUCUGACCCUGAGUUGCUGGGUCAAGACAUUGCUGUGGGCAAACUGGGUACUCAAGCAGAGAAGGAUCGCAGGCUGAAGAAGAACGGGCAUGAGUUGCUGGAGGAGGCGAGAAGGAAAGGGUUGCCCUUUGCUCAGUGGGAUGGUCCUACAGUAGUAGCUUGGCUGGAGCUGUGGUUGGGGAUGCCAGCAUGGUAUGUAGCAGCAUGUCGUGCAAACGUAAAAAGUGGAGCAAUCAUGUCGGCACUGUCAGAUACAGAAAUUCAAAGGGAGAUCGGCAUCAGUAACCCUCUACACCGCCUCAAACUGAGACUUGCUAUACAGGAGAUGGUCUCUCUUACCAGCCCGUCAGCCCCACCCACCUCCAGAACCCCUUCAGGCAAUGUGUGGGUGACCCACGAGGAAAUGGAGACGCUUGCAGCCCCCUCUAAAACGAAGUCGGAGUCAGAAGAGGGAAGCUGGUCUCAGACACUGGCAUAUGGGGAUAUGAACCACGAGUGGAUUGGUAACGAGUGGCUGCCCAGUCUCGGCCUACCUCAGUAUCGCAGCUACUUCAUGGAAUGCCUGGUAGAUGCACGUAUGCUCGACCACCUGACCAAGAAGGACCUCAGAGUGCACCUGAAAAUGGUGGACAGCUUCCACAGAACAAGUCUACAGUAUGGAAUAAUGUGUCUGAAGAAGCUGAACUACGAUCGCAAGGAGCUAGAGAGACGACGAGAGAGCAGCCAACAUGAGAUGAGAGAUGUGCUGGUGUGGAGUAAUGAGCGUGUGAUUCGCUGGGUCCAGAGCAUCGGUCUCCGUGACUACGCCAACAUCCUGCUGGAAAGCGGAGUCCAUGGAGCACUAAUCGCCCUGGACGACAACUUUGACUACAGCAGCCUGGCUUUACUGCUGCAAAUCCCCAACCAAAACACUCAGGCCCGUCAGAUCCUGGAGAGAGAAUAUAAUAACCUGCUGGCCCUGGGAACAGAGAGACGUCUAGAUGAGGAUUUUCGGGGACCCUCAUGGAGAAGGCAGUUUCCUCCCCGGGACAUCCAUGGGAUCAGCAUGAUGCCUGGAUCAGCAGAGACGCUGCCAGCAGGAUUCCGCCUUACAGCCACGUCAGCACACUCCCGCAGACUACCACCAGAGGUUCUAUAUGAAGUGACGGAUGACAGUCCAGACGACUUGUAUUUGGACUGGUUUCAAGUUGGGCCGUCAGCAGUGCAGCGGCUGGACAGUUCCACUGUGAGGACCUACUCAUGCUGAGAGAGGGAGGACACACAACUAUGUCUUUUCUAGAGGAGUCUUAUAAUUUUGAGGGAAAGGUCCCUGGGCCUGGAAGAGAAUUCUGCUGAGUCACACUGCCAAGAGAACAAACGUCGCUCCAAGGGAGAGGGGCAAAAGGGGGCGGGGGUUUGCCAGUUACCCCCCCUUCUACAUAAACAAGCCAAGGCCACAACCCAGGCACCGUGUCCAGGUGCUAAUUCACUCCUGCCCUUUCUACCUUUUACACGACCCUUGUACUUCAGUGCGCCUGCAGUGCCACUCUUCUACAGGGGAUGUGCAGGUUUAGCUGUAAAUGAAUAUAAAUACACUGUUUUUUAUAUAUCUAUAAACAUGUCUGUAUAAAAAGAAGGAGGAAAAAAAUAAUACAAGAACAUAUUCAGACUUUGUGCAGAUUUCGUCUCUUAAUGUCAUGGCUUUGUUUCUCACCUCUGGUUUGGCGGGAAGCUUGUGCUACAAGGUUUUAGUAUUUUUCCUGCUUUGGUGCGACUGAUUCUGCAUAAUAAUGAGCCCUUAGCUCAAAUAUGGCAUGUUAGAAGAGGGAAAACACAAACCUGUGCAAUGCAAAGGCAAUCCAGGACUGGCAUGGAGAAGCACUGGUUUAAACAGUGCUGCUGUUUGACCUGAAAUGGAAUACAUGCUGUUUUGUUUUUUAUUUUGUUUUCCUGCCAUUGUGUGGAUGAGAGUGUCGAGGUCCCUCAUGCUCUGCUGGUUCCCAUCAGACACAGGAGAACACACCUUCAUCGGAUACACCACAGCUGAACCCUUUGAAGAGAGACUGUUUACUUGGAAAGUGGAGUUCUAGAAUUUUGAAAGUGGUUCUAGAAUGUAGAAUAUGUUAGAAUUUCUUAGACACCAUUGUGACAUUAAUAGAAACUCUCGUUAAUGCAACAUUCCAUUCUUCUAGGCACAACCGUGCACUCCUGAAAGGGUUAAAUAUGACGGGUCCGAUGCUGCUGUAGUGGGGUGUUUUUUUCCCCAUCUGUGGGCUAAACCACUGAUCCCCAGUGGUGGCACUGCAAGCAAUUUACAGGUUCAGGAUGGGCUCAGUUCUAAAUGGCUCUUCAUUUGGCUCUACACAUGGGGUUUGUUUCAAUACCAGUAUAGUGAGCUGCAUUGCUCCCUACUGCCUACAUAGGCAUCUGUGUAGGCAGGCAGGAUUUUAAUCAAAACGGAGCCACAUUUGGGCAUUGAUUGCAUCACUAGGGGCCACAUGUAUGAAGGUUGUGUAAGCAUAAAAUAAAUGAUAGUUAUCUACAUAAAGAUUGAUAUUAAUGAAAGUGAGACUUGCUGUAAUAACAUGCUCUUUCCCAUAUUUGGAAGUGGUGUAUAAAUAUUUUAAGAGUGACUGGGAAUUACUGACAACAUGUGGAACUGCAGAAUUCACUGAAAACGUGACCGUCAGUUCAUGACUGAAUCCAAUAAAGACAGACAGAUCACAUUCUGUGCAUUUUAUACUGAUAGCCAAGUUGGUCAUAACUGGGGGAGGGGGAUCUAAUACACAUGGCCCCACUUGUUCCUGCUUUUCCACAACAACAUUACAAAGCCAUUACUAUAUAAUAUAUUCAACAGCAAUACUCAACAAUAUGAAAAUUUAGCUAUUUGAAACAACAGCCUGAGGUGACCGGUAUAGCUUGCUAAUCUGCAGGUAUCUUCUGCAUACCAAAUUCUGUAAAAUGACUGCAAAUUCAGUGACAUCUGUACGUUUACAUGAUAAAAACUCAGCCCCACACAUUUGAAAAUAGCUUCUGCCACCUCAAAUAACGAAAUUCAAGCGCACUUUGCACUGCACUGUAGAAUUGGCUUAUAAAUUAUGGAUACAUAUGAUGCCAAAUUUGGCCAAACUGAGACACUACAGUAGGCAGCGUAUGUAACGGAUUAAAUAAGAUGGAUUAGUUUUCCCUAGGAAUGUAGUUUUUAAUGAGAGGCUGAUUGGCUUUGUAUGAUUAAAUAUUGUAUGAUAAAGUAUUUAUGUAAAUUCUUUAAAUCAUCCCAGAUGGUCCCAAUCAAAACAUCAUGGCCUCCAUGUUCACAUCAGCUUUAAAACUGCACUAAAGUAGGUCCAAAUAAAUAAGCAAACAAAAACCUCCAGUUGAUGAACUUCCAUUCUUCUAAUUAGGCCAUCAUUAAAAGUGUUACAUUACAGUACAAAUAUAACUGUACAAAUAUUAUGGUAGUCCUGUUUUGAACUACCAAGUCAAGCCCAUUUUAACGGUCAGUCUUGUCCUCCAGGCACCAAAAAGAAGUGGAGGUUACUGUUGAUUUGACUACUAUUAUCAGGGAAGCAAACGGAACGUAAUUAUUACUUAGCAGACUUGUAAAAACUACAGACAUUUCAGAGUCAUACUGGAUUAAAAUCACAGAUGACAUAGGUGGUCACUCAAAUUACAGCACAUCCCCAGGUCAGACUGAUGCAGUUCCAAUAAGGCUUUAGACAGCCUUUGCGUCAGGUUCCACAUGUACUGAGACAUAGCCAUAAAGUGACACCAACAGGCUCGUGCCCCUUAAGCUAAAUAUAGAGUCAUUUCAGAUUUUGCCUUGCACUAGUAAACUCACUUUGUCUCAAAAUCUCAUCACUCUACAAGAACCCUGCAAGAGUUCACUCAAAACAACACCACUUAUCUACCAAUCCAACAGCCUCAUCUCAAUAAGAGCUAAACCCCCUACUUCAACAGUCAUAGGAGAAAUAACUACAAGACAGGCUUAGCUCCUAGUGAACGUAGAGUGUAUAUCAACUUGUUGAGUCCAGACUAAACUUUUAAAAAGACAAAACCUGUUGCUUGCUGUGACUUAUUUUGGUGUAAAACUGUUGAACUAUUUUCUGUAGAAGUUGCCGGGGUAACCUCUUGUACAGACCUCCUUUCCUGUCUUUGAGUUAUUUCUGCCAUAAAGCGGAUCUGCAGAGUUUAUACAUCCUUGUUUUGCACGUACAGAGAAUCAUUUUAUUUUGUGUCCAUUUUUUUAUUUAUUACUGAUUGUAUUUUGGUCAAAACUAUGUGGUGAUCAAAGAAGUUUUCAUUGUCAAUAAAAAGUAACAUCAAA